GACGGAUUUAUAACGGUAACGGUUGGCAUUUGUUCUUCGUCAACUGUGAGUGACGAAGAACAGAGCGAAGCAAAGUUUAUGAUGGCUACUGCAGCUUCCCCACUGACAACAAUUUUCUCCACGAAUUUUACAGCUUCAAGUAAUUAUUCCAAAAUCCGAUGUAAUAAACUAACCGGUCAUCGCGUUAUUCGCUUUCGGAGCCAAAUAGUUUCCCACUGCCCCUCGUCUUCACUUCGUUGGUCCCCGGAAUUCAAUCUCCGUGCAUCAAGGCGAAUAGGAAGACCUGUUACCGACCAUUUUUCGAAGUCCGUUAUCACUUCAGCGUACGUUAGCGGGCCAGCUUUCGACGCAGUCGUUUCAGAAAAUGACGAGUUUAAAGCGGAGGACUCGCCGGAGCCUGAAGAUAUGGAACCGGAGCCGGCUUAUGUCAUCACUUGGGGGCUGCUGUGGAAAUUGGUGUCUCAGCAUAAGUUGAGGCUGUUGAUUUCAACUCUCACUCUUUUGGGGGGAACCACCUGCACCCUCUCCAUGCCUUUGUUGUCUGGAAGAUUUUUUGAGGUACUUGUGGGAAGGAGAACCGAUUCUCUUUUAAUGCUGCUUAGCAAGAUUGGAGUUCUGUAUACAUUAGAGCCUAUCUGCACAGUUAUUUUCAUUGUAAAUAUGAACACAAUAUGGGAGAAGGUUAUGUCCAGCUUACGAGCUCAGAUUUUUCAGAGAGUACUGAUUCAGAAGGUGGCAUUUUUUGAUCGAUACAAGGUCGGUGAACUUACUGCUUUAUUGACCUCCGAUUUGGGCUCAUUGAAGAAUAUUGUCAGUGAAAAUGUUUCAAGAGACCGUGGUUUCAGAGCACUCUCUGAGGUUGUUGGGACCAUCUGCCUACUCUUUGCUUUGUCUCCUCAACUUGCACCAAUCCUUGGGUUCCUCAUGCUAACAGUGUCAACUUUUGUUGCUGUGUACAGAAGGACAACUGUCAAGGUUUUCAGAGCUCAUGGUAUGGCUCAAGCAGCUAUAGUUGAUUGUGUGACUGAAACAUUAUCUGCUAUUCGGACUGUAAGAUCUUUUGGUGGGGAAAAACGUCAAAUGUCCAUGUUUAGUCACCAGGUUCUUGAGUACCAGAGUAGUGGCAUAAAGCUUGGAGCAUUCAAAUCCUUUAACGAAUCAUUAACUAGGAUUGCAGUGUAUGUGUCUUUGAUGGCUUUAUAUACCCUCGGAGGAAGCAAAGUAAAGGCUGGCGAAAUGACUGUGGGAACGAUGGCUUCAUUUAUUGGAUAUACUUUUACAUUGACAUUUGCGGUUCAAGGCCUAGUGAACACCUUUGGAGACCUUCGUGGAGCCUUUGCAGCUACUGAUAGGAUUAAUUCUGUAUUAUCUGAUUCUGAAAUUGAUGAGCCGCUUGCUUAUGCAUUACAAAAAGAAAUCAAACAGAAGAAAAAGCAUGCUAAAGAGUUUGAAAUUUUUUCUGCAAAUGGCUCUGGAAGUAUAACACAAGAUCUGGAGGUGACAGGCAGAAUCUCUUUGAAAUCAGCUGGCAGCGUUCGUAGCCUUGCUGGGUCUGGUGAUAUUUGUCUUGAAGAUGUGUACUUCUCAUAUCCAUUAAGGCCCGAUGUUGAGAUUCUGAAUGGUCUUAGUCUCACUUUAAGGCGCGGAACUGUUACUGCCCUAGUUGGUCCAAGUGGCGCUGGAAAAAGUACAAUAGUACAGUUACUGGCUCGUUUUUAUGAGCCAACCAGAGGUCGAAUAACCGUUGCAGGAGAGGACGUCAGAACGUUUGAUAAGAGAGAAUGGGCUCGAGUUGUUUCGAUAGUGAAUCAAGAACCUGUACUUUUCUCUGUGUCUGUUGGAGAAAACAUUGCCUAUGGGCUCCCAGAUGAGAAUGUAUCCAAGGAUGAUGUGAUAAAGGCAGCAAAAGCUGCUAAUGCGCAUGAUUUUAUCAUCUCAUUGCCACAGGUGGUCAUUUUUAACAUGUACGGAGUAGUUGAUGUUUAUCUUCUUUUGCAGAUUGGUUAACUGUUUUAUUUUUUUCCCCUUGAUGAUAGGGUUAUGACACUCUUGUUGGUGAGCGUGGGGGGCUGCUAAGUGGAGGACAGAGGCAGAGAAUUGCCAUCGCAAGGGCAUUGCUGAAGAAUGCCCCGAUCCUGAUUCUUGAUGAGGCUACUAGUGCUUUAGAUGCUGUGAGCGAGCGUCUUGUCCAGAAUGCUCUGAACCGUCUGAUGAAGGGAAGGACAACGUUGGUCAUUGCUCACAGAUUGAGCACAGUUCAGAAUGCAGACCAAAUUGCUCUCUGCUCAGAUGGGAGGAUUGCUGAGAUGGGGACACACUCUGAGCUGUUAAGUAGGAAGGGGCAAUAUGCUACCCUGGUUGGCACCCAGAGGCUUGCAUUCGAGUGACACUGCUAAAACAACAGGGGUUCCUCUCAACUGCAAGGCAAAUGAAUUGCAAGACCUCAAAUAGAAUCUCAGGUAAUUUUUGCUCAUAUUCAGCACACGAUCUCAUAAAAUUUGUCUAAUUUCGUUUAACGAAGUACUCUGCAUUGUUUUAUAGCCGAUUCUAGCUUGCUUUUAGAGAGCGGAACAUUGGAUGGUUGAGUUGUAGAUAAAAGAAAAAGCUCCCUAUGAUUGACAAACAUAAUUUAUGUGCCAUGACUAGGUACUACUACAGAAUAUAACAGGAACAUGAGUUUACUAUGUUGUGAAGUGCGGUUUAUGUGGCUGUACUGUCAACAUUUUGUAAUACUAGCAGUUUGUAUACGUUUGGAUCAUGAACUCAUGAAUAUAUCAAAGCUAUUUGCAUAAAAAUGGUAGUGGAUUUUCUUUGGGUUUUCAAGUAAUUAUCAUUAGUCGUUGCCACUUUUAACCAUGAUAUUAUUUUACAAGUAUGCAUGGUAAAAAUGUUUCUGUAUUAGUUACUACACAGUGGAUAUGGAGAUGACAGCAUUCAUCUUGGCUAGGCACUCAGUCGGUAGGCCAAGGAAUAAGUUCAUGAAGCCGUCGUCAAUUGGUUGAACAGUGGCUACUCCGACAAGCCGGCAUUUACCUUCUUUGUCUAAUCUUUCCCCCCUUCCACUUCUUAAAACCCCUUUUGAUUCUUCUGAUGUUAAAACUGUGCCCACCAGCAAAGGUGGAGCUUUGUAAAGGUUCCCUACUGAAAACAGGAACUUGGCUUUGAACUCAAGAUCAACCUGGUACGUAUGAAAAUUAGCCCAUGAGAUGAGCAUUCUGGCCAGAGUAUAAAAAGUUAACUAGAACAAAACAACAUACCUUGCCAGUAUCUUGAUUGAUGGUUCCUUUGAAUGCCUCAGGAGCUAUAUCAAUUUUAAGAAAAGGUGGCAAUGGUAGUCCCAAGAAUCUAGUGGUGGCAGUUGUCAAUGGAGGAAUAUAGAGUGUGUUCACGUCGAAAUUAACAUUUAUGAUAUUCCCUUCAUUGCUUUUCGAACCUGUCCCAGUGCCGGCACCCCCUUGAGCAUUGUACUCAAAAUCCGGGUAUCUAGAGAUACCCAGCUUGCAAGAUGGCAAGGUCUGAAAUUUGACGUUAUAUGCUUCAGUUCCUGAUAUUUGGGUAGUGGCCGGAAUCGGCUGAUCAAUCUUACUGUAGGAGGCGAACAAGGAGACUAUAGUUUUGCGGGGUCUGGAAAUCGGUACAGCCAAGGAGAAUGAACAUGAAUGGAUUAGCCUAUUCUGUGAAAUUCUGCAGAUGAAUGGAGAAUCUGGGGGGCGAAUUCGCGAGUGCAUUUUUACCGGUUAAACAGUAUAACGAAAUAUAUAUCUGAAUGCGAUUCCUCUAAAUGGACUGUGAUGUGCGGGAGUUCGUGUAAGAAUAGAAAUUCGCAAGUGUUUUGAGGCCUUCACCGUUAUUCAGGAAAGGCUGAUUAUUGUCCACGAGUUGGGAAGCAACCUUAUCUUUAUCAGUUAUGGCCUAAGACAGAAAAAUGCAAAGAAUCUACCAAACUUAAUAUUGUCCAUGUAAUCCGACUACCCUUCAAAUAGUUAAAGAUCUUUUUAUCAUUUUUGGUUUUUAUCUUUUUGGGCAGAGAGUUCAGAGUAUCAACAUCAAAGCUCUGCUCCUUAACUAUCAAAAAAUCCCCCAGCAGGUAAAAUCUGGAGUGUGAU